ACCAUCAGUCUUCCACCGCAUGCCAUCAAACCCACAACUUAAUUAUUCCACUCUCACCCUCGUAAUCAAUUAGUCAAAGUGAAUAAUGAAUUAAGUGUUCGUUAAAAAAAUUAAAAUGGAGAAUUACGGACAGCAGAUCGAAGUGGCUUCCGCUCUGUUCAAUAACAACCACAUCAAACAGAAUUACAAUAAUGGGUGCAAAAACGAUUACUGCUAUCUCGUCGACGACUGCGCCAAGCACAAAGGAGUUAUGGAGUAUAACAGCAUAGUGGACGACAAAUCGAAUUAUCCUCUGAAACAGGAAACGGAAGGCACCCAGAACUUCCACACGCCGUUUUCGGUUAAGGACAUUUUAAACUCGACGAACUACAGCUACGAAAGGACCGAUUUGUGGAAAUGCCACGAGAGGGACCGAAGACUUGACCACGAACAAGCUUUCCACCAGAAUACGUACAGCGCUCAGGAGUACUACAACCCAAUGUACCCCAACAUGCCGGUACACAGCAACGUAGAAUAUUGGAAUCAGGACGCGCACGAUCAUAAAUUCGACGAAUAUUACAACUACAAUCCGUAUUGCCAUAAUUGGUAUCAUCAGAACUAUGAAUACGACACGGGUACGUAUGGAUUAGUGGAGGCUCCGACGAAGGCUGAAGAGAGGGAGUCGCAUAUAGCGACGCCGCCGCCAUCAGAACCCAAAGCUGGUGCCGAUAAAAGUCAUUACCGCGUUCUGGAGGAAGAAAAACCUUCUGCGUCGACAAGAAAAAAAACGCCCGCGGAUGCCAAGCCUGACAGAAAAGAACGAAGCCUGAAACGUAAACCCAGGAUCCUCUUCUCGCAAAGCCAAGUUCACGCCCUGGAGGUCCGUUUUAGAAUUCAAAAAUACCUCACUGCUCCCGAAAGAGAACAACUUGCCGUCUCACUGAACCUGUCGCCUACCCAAGUCAAAAUCUGGUUUCAAAAUCGAAGAUACAAAAGUAAGAGAAUCAAAUCCCCCGAAGUCACGACGUCCACCGACACGAGACCCGGCAAGGUAUUCGGAGUCAGGAAAUUGUUUAAGCCCGAAAAGAAAGACGACGUGCCAAGCCAGAAUGGUUACGAAGACAAAAGCGCUACAACUGCUGAAAGACUGUUCAGUCUAAACCCGAACAAUGUGACUUCAAUUGUUUAUUUCGAUGAAAAUCUAAACUAUGAUAGCAACGGUAAUGACGUCACUGGUGUUAUUGAGGAUAAAUAUGAUAAUUUAGAUGUAUGUAACACUGAAAUAUCGAGUCUGUAUGAAACCAACCUAAGUACCGGUAGCCAAAAAUACGAAUCGGACGUUAAAAAGUAUUUCACUAUGAACUAUUCUUGUUGAUUCGGGUUAGCUUAAGUAUUUUUUUAAUCCGAUAAUAGACUGAUUUUAUUUUUUAUUUUUAUUACGUCAAAUUUUAUGUUUAUUUUCAUUAUUUUUGUUAAUUUGUUUUGUAUUAUUAGUUUAAUUGAUCGCAUGCUUUAGCAAUUACGUCAUAGGUCUAAGUACAGUUAAAUGCCAAAGUAUUAUUUAGUUUUAAUGAAAAUCUUGUAAAUAAAUGAAAAAUAUUUACCA